UCACUACCAAACAAAAAAAAUCUCGUCUUAAACUCAUACUAAACAAGCUCACAUUGUCAAGAGUUGAAACGUAAAAAUGGACAAGAAAGAUGUUAACGCAAAAGCUAGUUCGGUAGCUCAGAGCAGCUGUACUUCAAGCAGUGGCACUGCUCCUGGUCCUGGGAAUAUGGUUGCGCCCGGUUCGGGUGGCUCUGCUCACAUCCCUAGAGAUGCUUUUGAGGCCAACUCUAAGGCUUACUUUGACAAUCUCCAUGCCAAAGACAAGGCAAAUAAAUGAAAAAAGUGUUUUAAUACUACUACUUAAAAACAUAAACACUUGUUUGUUUAUGCUCCUAUGAAGAAUCAUUAUCCUUAAAUAAACGAGGUUUAUCUCU